AUGGCAGAUGCUAUCCUGUUGCCAUCUUUUCGGGUUUCUUCCUCCCUGCUUACCACGGCCUCUGCUUCCACCUUGAAUUCCUCUUCCCAGCCUUCUAUUUCGCCCCUUAGCUCAUGUUCGGACAGGAGGGCUUCACCCUUUCUGUUCGUCUCUUCUGAUGGCGUCUCUCCCUUUGUUCCUGCCCCAAAGAAGCAAUUCCACUCCUUAAAGGUACAUGCAACUAUUGCUGAGACAGACCAGCCAAAAUGGUGGGAGAAAAAUGCUGGGCCAAAUAUGGUUGAUAUUCAUUCUACACCAGAAUUUUUAAGUGCCUUGAGUGAAGCUGGAGAGAGAUUAGUUAUUGUGGAAUUUUAUGGAACAUGGUGUGCUUCUUGCCGAGCAUUGUUUCCCAAGCUCUGCAAGACCGCCCAAGAACACCCGGAGAUUCUAUUCCUGAAGGUCAAUUUUGAUGAAAACAAGCCAAUGUGUAAAAGCCUGAAUGUUAAGGUGCUUCCUUUCUUCCAUUUCUACCGAGGGUCUGAAGGUCAACUGGAAGCCUUCUCUUGUUCGCUUGCUAAGUUUCAAAAGAUAAAAGACGCAAUCGUGAAGCACAGCACAGAACGUUGCAGCAUUGGUCCACCAAAGGGCGUAGGAGAGCUCACUCUCGAUUCCAUUGCUGCUCCGAAGGACAACCUUCCUUCAUGA